CGGCCGUAAAGCAGUUUGUGCGUUGCUAGGUGUCUGCGGCGGGGCUGCUCUGCCACUGCCCGGCCAUGGGCCCUACAUUCAUCCUCGGCGUUUUCUUGUCUGCUGUCGCCUUUCUUCUCCGACAUCCCGCAGUCUCCGCGUUGCAGGAGGUCACUGAUGAGCUUUUCGGGUCGGAGGCAAGAGGAAUCGUGGCUGCUUUCGGAGACUUUAACUCAGAUAAACAAACCGACAUCUUUCUAAUCAGACCAAAAAAUCAAUUGGUAAUCUUGUUUGCUGAUGUAAAGGCGCCCUAUUUCAAGCCAAAACCAAAAGUGGUGAUACAAUUGAAGGAUCAAGUGAUUACCAGUGUGGUACCGGGAGACUAUGAUGGGGAUUCACAAAUGGAUGUCCUCCUCACUCUCAGUUCUGUUCCCACCAUCACUGCUGUUAUUUUCUGGGGAAAUAAUCAAACGUUAGAUCCAAAGCUUUUCACCUCUUUAAGUCAGAAAUUUUUGGAUGAGCCACUAGUACUGGAUUUUAAUGGCGAUAUGAUACCUGAUAUUUUUGGAACUGUCGAGGGAAAUCCAAAGCCACAGAUAUGUUCCCUGAUUGGAAGGAAUCAAACCUGGUUCACUGCCUUGGAUUCUGUUGUAAAAAUGUACAAACCGCAUUCUCAUGCUUUCAUUGACCUGAACAAAGAUUUCACUGCAGAUUUGUUUCUUACCACCAUGGAUGCUGGUGAUAUUCACUUUGAGAUAUGGUUAAACAAGGAUGGAAAUUUUUCCAAAGCUCCUGGUCCAUAUGCCGUGAAUAAACCUCCAAAUACCAAGAAAACUGGCCAAUCUACUUUUGCGGAUUUUGAUGGAGAUGGACAGCAGGAACAUUUAUUGCCUGUAUGCACAGACGAGAACUGCCAUGAAAGUGCCAUUUAUCGGACUGUGCCAGGCUCUGAACAGUGGAUACCUAUUUUGUCAAAUCUGAAGAAUGGGGAUACCCUUUGGGGAUUUGCCUCACAAGAGCAAUUUCCAAUCUCAAUUCAUUUAGGGGACUAUAAUAUGGAUGGAUUUCCUGAUGCAUUGGCCAUACUGAAGAAUACUUCAGGGAGCAACAAACAAGCUUUUCUUCUGGAAAAUGUUCCAUGCAGUGAUGCAAGUUGCAAGCCGGUAGGCCGAAUGUUCAGGGUCCUCUGGGAAUUGUCUGAUUUAAACCAUAUCAAGAAUGCUGUUAUGGCGACCUUCUUUGACAUUUAUGAAGAUGGUAUCUUGGAUGUGCUUGUAUUAAAUGAAAAAGAAAAUUCAGAAUUCACCAUCCACGCUUUGCGAAAUAACUUUGAUGCUGACGCUUACUUUGUUAAGGUCAUUGUUCUCAGUGGACUGUGUUCCAGUGAUUGUCCUCACAAAGUAACACCAUUUGGUGUGAACCAGCCUGGGCCUUAUAUCAUGUACACAACAGCAGAUGCCAAUGGAUAUCUGAAGAAUGCAUCAGCUGGACAGCUUAGCCAGUCAGCACAUUUUGCUCUUCAGCUUCCCUAUGUAGUCCUUGGUCUAGGACGUAGUGCAAACUUUCUCGACCAUCUUUUUGUUGGGAUUCCUCGUCCUAUUGGAGAAAAGUCUGUAAGAAAACAAGAAUGGACAGCUAUCAUUCCAAAUUCUCAGCUUAUAGUAAUUCCAUAUCCUCAUAAUUCACCAAAAAGCUGGAGUGCCAAAUUAUAUCUUACUCCCAGUAACAUUGUACUGCUCACCGCCAUAGCCUUAAUUGGAGUCUGCCUUUUCAUUUUGGCUAUAAUCGGUAUUUUACACUGGCAGGAAAAGAAAGCAGACGACCGGGAAAAGCGCCAGGAAGCACACAGAUUCCAUUUUGAUGCCAUGUGAAAUACAAUGGCUCCUGAGGAACAAUUGUUACAAUGCUAGAUCUAAAAUAUUACUUCCAAUCAGCAGUAAAUGGUGAAUGUUUAAUGUUGAAUUGUACAUAGUUUAAUUGCUUCCUCAUUUUUAUUAAUUAAAAUCAUUUUUUCUGGUUUUCUGGGCAGGGGUUGCAAAUAACUCAAGAUGUAUAUUUUGGGAAUUAAGAAUAAUUUAAAGCUAAAUUAUGCAUUUUGUUGUAAUACUGAAUAUUUGAAAAUGUGUGUUUGUGUUGUUCGAAUAUGGUGAAUUGUUCUGUUAUUAAUGUCUUCAAAUGUUUACUUAAAUGGUCUUUGUGGAAUGCAUGUUUAUUAAUUCUGGUUGCUAAAAAUCAUACAUUAAACUUUAAUGAU